UGAAGCCUCCGGUUGCAAUGAUUCACAUUCACUAGCCAUGAGGGUGCUUGUUCUAGCUCUGGCUGUGGCCUUUGCCUCGGCUUCCCACCUCAGCCUUGCCCCAGAGUUUGUCACCGGAAGGACCUACGUGUAUAAUUAUGAAGCAGUUCUUAUGGGUGGCCUGCCUGAGGAGGGUCUUGGACGUGCUGGAGUGAAAAUCCAGAGCAAAGUUUUGCUCAGUGCUGUGGCUGCCGACACCUUCUUGCUGAAGCUUGCAGCGCCUGAAAUCUUCGAGUACAGCGGCAUCUGGCCCAAAGAUGCUUUCAUCCCGGCAACCAAGCUUACUUCAGCCCUGGCUGCUCAGCUUUUGACACCCAUAAAGUUUGAGUAUACUAAUGGUGUUGUCGGAAGAGUGUUUGCACCGGUUGGAGUCUCUGCAACUGUGCUGAAUAUCUACAGAGGAAUCCUCAACAUCUUACAGCUGAACAUCAAGAAGACUCAGAACGUCUAUGAGCUGCAAGAGCCUGGAGCUCAAGGUGUGUGCAAGACCCACUAUGUCAUCAGUGAGGACGCAAAGGCUGAACGCAUCCUGUUGACCAAGACCAAGGACCUGAACCACUGCCAGGAGAGAAUCAUCAAGGACAUUGGCUUGGCUUACACAGAGAGAUGCGCUGAGUGUGAGGCUAGAGGAAAGACCCUGAAGGGAGCUGUUGCUUUUAACUACAUCAUGAAGCCAGCAGCCACAGGUGCUAUGAUCUUGGAGGCAACCGCUACAGAGCUCAUCCAGUUCUCACCUUUCAACAUCUUGAACGGCGCUGCCCAGAUGGAGGCUAAGCAAAUCCUGAAAUUCCUGGAGGUCGAGAGGACCUUGGUGGAGCCCAUCAAAGCUGAAUAUAUUCACCGUGGAUCCCUGCAGUACGAGUUUGGCAGUGAGCUUCUCCAGACACCCAUCCAGCUUCUGAGGAUCAGCAAUGCCGAGGCUCAGAUUGUUGAGAUCUUGAACCACUUGGUGACCAACAAUGUGGCCAAGGUCCACGAAGAUGCCCCUCUGAAGUUCAUUGAGCUCAUCCAGCUGCUGCGUGUGGCCAGAUUUGAGAGUAUUGAGACUCUUUGGGCUCAGUUCAAAGCUAGACCAGAUUACAGGCACUGGAUCCUGAACGCUGUCCCUGCCAUUGGUACUCAUGCUGCUCUGAGGUUCAUCAAGGAGAAGUUCCUUACUGGUGAGCUGUCUGUCGCUGAAGCUGCUCAAGCCCUAAUUGCAUCUGUGCACAUGGUGACAGCUGACCUGGAGGCCAUCAAGCUUGCUGAGGGCCUGGCCAUGAACCACAAGGUCCAAGAAAACCCAGUUCUGCGUGAGGUUGUCAUGCUGGGCUACGGCACCCUGGUUGCUAAAUACUGUGUAGAGAACCCAGCUUGCCCAGCCGAGCUUGUGAGGCCAAUCCACGAAAUAGCUGUCCAGGCUCUUGCCAGAGGUGAAAUCGAGGAGAUCGUUGUUGCUCUCAAAGUUUUGGGUAAUGCUGGACAUCCUGCCAGUAUUAAGCCAAUCAUGAAACUCCUGCCCGGCUUUGGUAGUGCUGCUGCUAAUCUGCCACUCAGAAUUCACAUCGAUGCUGUUCUGGCCCUGAGGAACAUUGCUAAGAGGGAGCCCAAGAUGAUCCAGGACAUUGCUGUCCAGCUGUUCAUGGACAAGGCUCUCCACCCAGAGCUUCGUAUGGUUUCUGCUAUUGUGAUGUUUGAGACCAAGCUGCCCAUGGGCCUGGUGACUACUCUAGCUGACGCCAUCUUGAAGGAAACAAAUCUGCAGGUCGCAAGCUUUGUCUUCUCUUACAUGAAGGCCAUGACCAAGAACACCGCUCCUGACUUUGCCUCUGUUGCUGCUGCCUGUAAUGUUGCUGUGAAAAUCCUGAGUCCCAAAUUCGACAGACUGAGCUACCGCUACAGCAGAGCUCUCUAUUUCGAUGCCUAUCACAACCCUUGGAUGAUGGGUGCUGCUGCCAGUGCUUUCUAUGUCAACGAUGCUGCAACUGUUUUGCCAAGAGCCAUUGUGGCCAAAGCUCGCACCUACCUGGCAGGAGCUUACGCUGAUGUCCUUGAGCUUGGAGUGAGAACUGAGGGAAUCCAGGAGGCCCUUCUGAAAGUCCACGAGGCUCCUAUGAAUGCUGAUAGGAUCACCAAGAUGAAACAUGUUAUGAAGGCUCUUUCUCAGUGGAGGGCUCAUCCUUCAAGCGAGCCACUGGCCUCUGUGUAUGUGAAGUUCUUCGGACAGGAAAUUGCAUUUGCCAACAUUGACAAAGCCAUUGUUGAGCAGGUUAUUGAGCUUGCCACUGGACCAGCAAUUCACAAUACUGGCAGGAGGGCUUUGGAAGCUCUGCUGUCUGGUGUUGCAAUGCAUUAUGCUAAACCAAUGCUGGUUGCUGAGGUUCGUCGCAUCCUUCCCACCGCUGUUGGUCUGCCCAUGGAGCUCAGUUUCUAUACUGCUGCUGUGGCUGCUGCAUCCGUUGAAUUCCAAGCCACCGUAACACCACCUCUGCCUGAGAACUUCCAUGCUGCCCAGCUCCUGAAGUCUGAUAUCAACAUGAGGGCUGCCAUUACUCCAAGUGUCUCCAUGCAUACCUACGCAGUUAUGGGAGUGAACACUGCUCUUAUCCAGGCUGCUCUGCUGUCAAGAGCCAGAGUUCACACAAUUGUUCCUGCAAAGAUGGAAGCAAGAAUUGACAUGAUCAAGGGCAACUUCAAGUUUCAGUUCCUGCCUGUUCAGGGCAUCGAUAAGAUUGCAACUGCACUUGUUGAGACUUUUGCUGUUGCAAGAAAUGUGGAAGACCUCGCAGCUGCCAAAAUCACACCAGUGGUUCCAGCUGAAGUUGCAUCACAGCUGUCAAGGGAGAUCUUCUCUGCACGGAUCUCAAAGAUGUCAUCCUCUCUGGCUAGUGAUAUGUCAGCAUCUUCUGAACUUAUUCCCACUGACCUGCCAAAGAAAGUUGCCAGACAACUGAAACUCCCCAGGGUCUUUGAGAAGAAAAUGUGUGCACAAAUUGAAACUUUUGGAAUCAAGGCAUGCACUGAGAUUGAAUCUCGCAAUGCCGCCUUUAUCAAAGACUGCCCACUGUACGCCAUUAUUGGAAAGCAUGCAAUCAUGGUUGAGGUUGUUCCAGCUGCCGGACCAGUCGUUGAGAAGAUUGAAAUUGAGAUUCAGGUAGGAGAUAAAGCAGCAGAGAAGAUCGUCAAAGUAAUUAACAUGAGUGAGGAAGAAGAAAUUCUUGAGGACAAGAACGUGCUGAUGAGACUCAGGAAAAUCCUGGUUCCUGGUCUGAAGAACAAGACAGCCACUUCCUCCAGCUCUAGCAGCUCUCGUUCUCUCAGCUCUCGCACCAGCAGCUCCCGUUCAAGCAUUUCCUCUUCUGCAUCAUCCAAGUCCUCCUCCAGUUCCUCCUCUCGUAUCAAGAGCAAGAUGGUCGACAUACCUAUCAACCAGAGAUCAAAGAGAGUGAGUAGCAGCUCCUCCAGCAGCCAACGCUCAAGGAGCUCCUCCAGCAGCAGCUCAUCUCUCCAGUCCAGCAGCCAGUCUUCCAGCUCCUCCAGAUCCAGCUCCUUCGGCCACCACCAGCGAGAACUGGGUACGUUCACCAAAAACCACAUCCACCAGCAUGCCCUCUCCACAGCCCAUGUCAACAGCAAGAGCAGUGCCUACAGUUUUGAAGCCAUCUACAAUAAGGCCAAAUACCUUGCCAGUGCUGUCACUCCUGCUAUGACCAUUCUCGUCCGUGCCGUGAGAGCCGACCACAAGGUUCAGGGAUACCAGAUUGCAGCUUACGUUGACAGAGCUACCGCCAGAGUGCAGGUUAUUUUUGCCAACCUGGCUGAGAAUGACCACUGGAGAAUCUGUGCUGAUGGCAUGAUGCUGAGCCACCACAAGUUGAUGGCCAAGGUUGCCUGGGGCAUUGAGUGCAAACAAUAUGAGACUGAGAUUAUUGCUGAGACUGGUAUGGUGGAUCAAAACCCUGCAAUCCGCCUGAAGGUGGCCUGGGAAAAACUGCCAAAGAGCAUGAAGGCCUACGCAAAGGAGAUCUCUGAGUACAUUUCCCGCAUGGCCCUGGAAGCUGGAAUAGGCCUGGCAAAGGUCAAGAAUGUUCGCAAUCAGAUCAAACUGAGUGUGGCUGUAGCUACUGAGACAAGCAUAAAUAUUGUGCUAAGGACACCAAAGAGGACAAUCUACAAACUUGGUGUGGGUCUCCCUGUUUCUCUUCCAUUGGGAGAGACUGCUUCAGAACUGGAAUUAUACCAGAACAACUGGGUUGACAAGGUCUCCUACAUGAUCACCAAGGCCCAUGCAGCUGUGUGCACCAUGGCCAAAGACACAGUGACCACAUUCAACAACAGGAAAUUCAAGAACGAGAUGCCUCACUCUUGCUACCAGGUUUUGGCACAGGACUGCACCCAAGAACUUAAAUUCAUAGUUCUGCUGAAGAGGGACCAAACCCAGGAACAGAACCUGAUCAACAUUAAGAUUGCAGACAUCAAUGUCGACAUAUACCCGAAGGACAGUGCCAUCAUGGCGAAGGUUAACGGAGUAGAAAUCCAGAACACGAACAUGCCAUAUCAUCAUCCCACAGGCAAAAUCCAGAUCAGACAGAGAGGUCACGGCAUUGCUCUCUUUGCUCCCAGCCAUGGUCUUCAGGAGGUCUACUUUGAUCUGAACGCAUGGAAGGUUAAAGUUGUGGACUGGAUGAAGGGACAGACUUGUGGACUCUGUGGAAAGGCUGACGGUGAAAUCAGACAGGAGUACCACACUCCCAAUGAACGCCUGGCCAAGAACGCAGUCAGCUACGCUCAUUCCUGGGUAAUGGCUGGAAAGAGCUGCCGUGAUGCCACUGAGUGUUAUGUGAAGCUUGAAUCUGUGAAGUUGGAGAAGCAGAUUACCGUCCAUGGCCAGGAAUCCAAAUGCUACUCUGUUGAGCCUGUGCUGCGCUGUCUGGCGGGCUGCAUGCCAGUGAGAACCACCACCGUCACUGUUGGCUUCCACUGCGUUCCUGCUGAUUCCAACCUGAACCGCUCUGACAAUCUCAACAGCAUCUAUGAGAAGAGCAUUGACCUCAGGGAAACUGCAGAAGCCCACCUGGCCUGUCGCUGCACUGCUCAGUGUGUUUAAUCCCAUUCCCUUCAGUCACAUUAUGAUUUAUUAUUUGUUCUGUGCAACAUGUUACUUCAACUAUAAAUAAACUAGAGAUGCAUCACAAAGAUCAAAAAAAAAAA